GCUUGAUUGUUGAUGGCGCGGAAUUAAACACAUCAUCACCUGGAGAAACAGAAGUUUUCCAAGGCAUUUGUUUUGUCCUAUUUUAACAGUGCUGGAGACACUUCUACAUUUAGCGUUUGUCGACUUUUUUUUUCGCUUGCCGAACUACUUGUGACAUUAAACAGAGCACACACACAUACAUAUUGUACUGUAUACAUACACAAUUCCUGUUAUCUGACACCAUGUCGGAAUCUGCAUCAGUUUCCAAUGUGGCAUCUGGAGGUGAUUCCGCGGCACAGCCCCCUAAAAGGGGAAGAGGACGACCCCGAAAACCCAAACCUGACCAGCCGGAGGAACCGAAACCUAAACGACCACGAGGACGACCACCCGGUAGUACCAAAAAACCCAACACCAAGAAGGAAUACAAGCCCACAAAAUCACGAGGAAAACCCACGAAGAGAGAAACAAGUGACGAACCAUCCGGAGACAGAGCGGAAUCUAGUCCGAACUAGAACGAUGUUCGGGUUAACAUCAUGUACAUAGUUUGUCUCGUCAGGGAUUCAAAAAGUUUGUCAAUCGCCUGAUGGUUUUCCAAAGUGACCGAUACACACGGUGCAGCCAACAUUAAGACUGUGUUGAAAGAUACAAGACAUGUUGAAAUGUACCACUGUCUAAAGAAUCCCAUUCCGAUAAAAUCUGGAAAUAAUGCGACCUUGCAUGGCUCCAAAUCAAAAACUGUAUAUAGGAGAACUAUCGGAGGAUUUCAGUGGUUGAUUGGCUUUGUAGAUGUUGCGUCGGCGCAUACUGUAAUGCGUCGACAGCGUCGGCGCAAGGUAAUCCGUCGACAGAGAGAGUGUUUCUAUAUGGUUGCGUGAUGAUGUGAUCUCGGGGACUUGACACAAACUCCUAACCGAAGGUCUGUAAAAUGCCCUACAUGCUGUAGGGUUAGGAAUUUGUGACAAGUUCCCGUGUACAACACACUGAAACAUUGUGAGAGAGAAAUGCCACGUUGAUACAACAUGUGGAUAUUAUGUGGUUGACUCCGGCAGACUGCAGUUGUACGGCUUUUUCAUACCGAGAUAUUUAGCUUACAUUGUUCGGCCGUUGUCCGACCGUCAGCUUUCCUUAUUGAAAGGAUUCUCUUCCCCAAUGUUUUUUUUAAAGAUCGAAUAAUUUGGUCUGAAACUUUUUAGGGGUGGACGAUCAUGUUUUUUUUUUUUGUAGAAAUGGAGAUUUUAACAAAUGGCCUUGAAGAAGUAUAGAAGUGUUUUCUUCUUAAGAAAAACCCCCCAUCAAACUUAAUGCUACUACUCCUAAACGCACGUGCAGAUCUUAACGAAAUCUAGACUAAAACAUCCUUAGGGAAGGUCCAUCCAAAUUUCAGCUACUUAGAUAUAAUAACUAUGAUUGCAUUUGAAACAUCGCCGCUGAUGUACUUCAGUUUAAACCUCACCGCCAACGUACUUCAUUUUAAACCUACCCGCUUACGUACCUCAGUUUAAUUUCCGGACAUCUGGAAAACCGAAACGUAAUCUAAACAGGUACAUAACUGACACAUCUCUACACAAAUAUGGAUUACACGUCUUUGUGUAUGAGAUAUCACUCUGUUUAUCUGGUUUAUCUUGAUUAAACGAGAUGUCGUUUUAGAUUUCCGGAUUAUCGAGAUUUUACCUAUCCUGAUACGAUACGUUGCUGUAAGCAAGGAGCGGAUACAAGUAUGUAGCUGUUCAUUUCAAGAUACUUGCUGUGUUCCUGAAGAAAGACAUUGAUUUGCAUACAAUAUUCGAGUUAAUUCGAACAACAAGCAGCUGAAUUAAGGAAAUGUUAUUACGUAUCCGGAUUAACGAAAUAUCACGAUGUGUGUUUAAAACAAUGAGGUUAAGAAUUUCAUUGUCGUUUUCGGUUUACUGUGUCAACGUGCAAAACGCGUAAAUCUGGUAGAUAAACAGAUACUUAUAAACUUUUGCCUGCCAUGCGUCCCUCAACUAUAUGCAUUUUAUAUGAUCGUACUAUACAUAUGUUUUGUUUUAAUUUCCGUGCUGGCUUCCAACUUUUGGCGUCUUAUGUAUUUGUUAUAGAUGAACUCAUUUUAAAAGAAGAUAUGGUAUUCUAAAACAUCGUCCGUUCAUAUGUCUGUUCGUCCAUUACAUGUCUGCUAUUUCGUCGUCGCCGAACCUGUACUUCAAACAAAAAAAUAAAGACUCCGAUUUAAUUUGAGAUAUUACCUAUAAGUUGCAUUGAGUUUAAUGUAUAUAUGUAUUUUUUUUUCUAACAUCAUGUAAAUCCGACAAAGUGACGCCCCAAACAAAUAGUAUGUAUACGCAUAUGUACAUUGGUAAGCCAACUUGCCAUUUAUUCAGGGGACAACGUCGGUCCAGGUCUUAUUUCAGUAAUACAAAAUAUCUUGUUAAGUAUAUCAGAUGUCUUAUAUGGACGUAUAAGAUAUUUCGUAUUAUUCAUAAGAUAUAUUAAUUGAUAUGUAAGAUAUCUUAUUCAGAAAUAGAAUUUUAUCCCCGUUAGAUUUAAGAUAUUUCGUAUGUUAUAUAUCUCAUAUAGGAUAUGAUAUAUACAUAUGAUGUACUUAUAUAGAUAAAUAAAUUACACAAAUUGGUGAAACAUAGAACCGACAUUGCACUUGGAGUAAAUGGUAAAUUAGCUUGCCAUAACAUACUUUUACAUUAGCAUAUAUGUGUGUGUGAUUUAAACAUAUUUCAUUAUUAGUAGCAGAUAAAUGGAUUUAUGUGGGUAUUCAUCUGUUCGCUCCGACGUCUAAAAGCGAUUAUCCUCCAUAUUCUCUUGUUAGAUUCUAGCGUAGACAUCAUCAGAGAAAAAAGUUUGCAUUAAAACAUAGAACAUCGCAACUUAUUGUGUAGUCUUAAGGAUUCAUAAUUUUCGAAUGUAAGAGUAUGAAAUUUUAUCUUUUCUCAACAGGAAGGUACUGUACUUUGUGAUAAGUUUGAUAUUUUAAGUGUUGUUUUUUUUACACGUAACAUACCGGUACAUGUACUUCACUAGUCGAAGUUAGUUUUUUUUUUUUUAAUAUUUCGUAUGUACAAAGAUACGUUCUUGAUAAGAAACCCAUAAAACGAUUGCAGCGAUAUUUCUACUUAGCUUUAUACUCAGUAAUGAAAGCUCAGCAGAGAAACAAUAUCAAGUUUAGUGAAAGGUGUCACGUGCGUUUCGAGCAACCGAGUUGUCGGGUGGCGGAGUGAUCACGCGCAAACAAACGAAACGCAAUAAUUGCAGUUUUGAACCAUUAUUUCGCUAUCUUACUGGAUAAAUAAUGUGCAAAAUACACAUUAAUAUGUAUCAUAUUGGAUCAAGAAAACACUUACAGAAAAUUUCUUGCAUCCUGGACUACCGGAUAAGGAUUCCGGUUUUGCCCGACUGAAGACAGUAUCACGGUAUUCCGAUUCGUUAAAUGGGAGAAUGAAUUUUCAAAGUUAUUUCUUGUUCAGGAAAUACUUGCUAUGUGCUUGUUGUUUUUUCCCGAGCACAGGUACAGGCUCUGAACUUUAGAGAAGGGCAUAUUAUGAGUCACGGGGAUAAUAUUAAUUGGUAAAAUUGAAGUCUAUUUCCGUGAAAAUAUUUUUUUCCAGCUUUCUGAAAACCCACAAAAAGUUUAAGCUUACGAUAAAACCAGCUGUACAAGAUUUUGUCAAUAUUUCCAUGUUAAAAUACGAUAUGUUGUUUCCUCUAUAUCCCUGUUUGUACUGAUAAUAUGUCAACAUUAGUUAACAGUCUACAUACCACUAUAAGUUAUGAUGUUAACACACCAACACCCCAUAUAACUGGAACAUCGGCUUCAUUUUCUGGUACUUAGGUCUCCCGAAAGGUGAUAGCUUUCGUUUUAAAGAAUCAAUCAUUAGAGUUACAUUUCGUUGUCUGUAAGAACUUUACUCUUUCGCCUUUCAUAAGAUUGGUUUGAUUUUCGAGAAUAUUAAUUAAUAUCUGCAGUGUUUUAUAUAAGAAUUUCCAAACAGAGUUGUAGAUAUUGUUUAACAGGUACCUCUAGUUUUUGUCUCAGCUUCAGUAUACACAAUAAACCUAUUUUUUGUAA